AUGUCCUCCAUCAAGUCUGUCCUCAUCGCUUCGCUCAUCUCUCUGAGUCUUGGGGCGCCUCUUGUAGCGCGUCUGGACAGUCAAGAUGAUUCGGUUGGCACUGCUAUCAGCGCCCUCCAAUCUCGGUCAGAGAUGGAAGAGCAGUUUGCUGAACUUGACAUUCGUCAGGAAGAGAACAACAAGCAAGACGAGUCUGGCGAGUGGGAGUACUACGAGGUAGCCGCUCGCGACCUGCACGACAACUACCUCGGUGACACCGAGGACAACCGUCUCGACCGCCGGGACGAGUACCUGGGUGAGGAAGAUGGACAGUCACUCUCUACCAGAGCCAACAAGGGUUCUUCAACGUCCAAGCAGAAGGCCAAGGAGAAGGCGGAACUGGAUGAAAUCCGCAAGGCCCAGGCCAAGCAGCACACGGAUGCUCGCAAGAAGGAAGAUAGGGAGCGCGAGGAGAUCAAGGACGCCCGCCUGGACCAGAAGAACGCCAAGAAUGCGAAAGAGAAGGCCGCAGCUAAGGCACAGAAGGAGAAGGAGAUUAAGUCAUUGAACAACGUUAAGGAUCAGAAUGCCAGGGAUAAGGCCCGGCUCGCUGCGGCGAAGGAGCGGGAGAACAAGGAGCUGGCCGAGAUCAAGAAGAAGGAGAAGCAGAGCAAGAAGGGCCCUCGGGCUAUCGACACCUCUGAGACGUACAGCAAGGAUGCCAACGCUAUCAAGCCUGAGUACAACAACCGGGCCUACGAUGGCAAGGACUACGACAAGGAGCGGGAGAGAACUGACGAGAUCAUCCGGAAAGAACAAGAGGCAAGGGCUCGUGAAGACGCUUUGAUCCGGAGUGGACAACUGGACAAGGCGAAGACCGACCAGCGUCUGAAGGAAGAGGAGCGGGCGCGUCAACGCGAAGAGGCAGCAAUCCGCGAGGCUCAGAAGGACAAGAAGAAGACGGACGAAAUCCUUCGCGAGCAGGAGAAGCAGCGCCAGCGUGAGAUCGAGGCCGCGAACCGGGCAUCCAAGUCUGAUGAGCAGCGUCGCCGCGAGGAGCAGCGACGUCGUGAGGAAGCCAAGCGGAAAGAGGACCAGCGACGUCGUGAGCAAGCCAGAGCGAGAGAGGAGCAACAGCGUCGUGCGCAGCGUGCCCGCGAGGAGGCCAAGCGCCGUGAGGAGCAACGUCGUCGGGAGGAAGAGAGACGCCGCAAGGGCAAGCCUCCUAGGGCUGAGAACGUCGAGGUUGACGUCUAA